AUGACACUUACCGUGACGCUCUCACUCGUGCAGGGUCAUCUUGGAAUAUUCUCAAUUCUCAGCGACAGUUGUGAUAUACUAUAUACGGUCCAAACAACCAUGAUCAUUCUCGCAGCAAUCGCAGCGAAUUUAAUUCUAGCUCUAAGGGUCUACGCGAUAUGUGGACAAAACCAAUUAAUCAUUCAAGCGGCAUCAGUAAUGCUCGCCGUACGAGUCUGCGUUGGCAUCUGGCAAGCUACCUUGGAGCGCGGUGACUCCACCAAAAGCACUCAGUAUGCCGACUUUUCGCAGUGCUCGAUUUCGAUACGGAACCAAAGGCUUUACGCACGUCCACUUAUAUGCACUGAAACACUCCCUUCUUCGAAAAGCUCCAUUAUCGUCACUGGGGUCCUGCCUAUGAUUUUCGAUACUUUUAUUUUCGCGAUGACCGUUUUCAAGACGUACCGACACCUUUUGGAAAUGCGGAAGCAUGGUCAGAAGAGUAUCACUGAAGUAUUGCUUCGCGAUGCUUACCCUCGGCGGUCGUUGCUUAGCAUAGUAUUCACGGUCGCAGUUGCAAACCUCGCUCUCCUGCUGCCGCCUUCUGAGACUUGGCUUCAGUUGGGGGAGGUUUUGUCAGGGUACUUUUCCGUACUUACAAACCUCCUCAUCAACCGCCUCUACCUGAACAUUCGAGCAUUGAAUCACUCACGCUCUACCAAGUUUUCGAGAGAGGAUGGCGUCCCGCGACCAAUCUCCGUUGGAAAUCGAUUUUUGGGCAAUAUCGGGGCACCUCUCGAUCCAGAGUGGUGGGACAUCCGAUUCGAUGAUGACGAGCUGGAACUUUCGGACGAAGUUGCUGAAGCCAAUCCUGAGGACUCCGUGGCCUCAGCAGAAUUAGGGAAUGGGGCGACCACACUGAUCCCAGUUAUAUAUCAUGGAGACGGGACCGAUGAUAUAGAGAUGUAUAUCAUCUAUCAGCAGGAUAUCAACCACGAUUUACGUAUCUUUGGUCCGUUGAACGAAAAGGAUGGUUUAGUCCCUUCGAUCGGGCUCAAGUUGCCCGUCGGGUCAUUCGAGUUUUUUUCCAGGAAGGGUCGACUCGGCCGCGGGCUGCUAUCCAUCAGCACGAUUGCGCAUAGCUUGGUGCGGAACGCCACAUCUGUUCCUAGAGAUGGGUCAAGAAAUCUUGUGUCAAAAAUAGUCCGGACGUACUUCAUUAUAAAUUGGGUCGGGUUGGGAGAUAACAAAGCAUCUGGGACCGCAUUUAUCUUCCUUGUGAACCGGUACUCAUACGGAGUGGGCCUCAUCCUCGAGUUAGUGACGGGCAGUCCUGGCUCUGCAUCUGAUAAGAGAGGUGUAUCUACCACGGGAUCCCAAUUUGGGUUGUUCUCAAUGUGUUCUUCGAUUGCUUUGAAUGCGCUCCUGUAUGAAAGAUCCACCAUUGUCACUGCAGUCCUACCACUUCUAUUUGACACCUUCGUGUUCGGAGUAACAGUCCUAAAAACGUACCGCCAUGCCAUACAAAUGUACAAAAAUGGUCGGAACAGUAUCACCGAUAUUUUGCUUCGCGAUGUUGCUUCUGUGAAUCUUGCUCUCGAACUGGUGCGGGUCUCUUGA